CGUUUCGCAGCCGGCCCGGUGAUCAUGUCCCUGGAGGAGAAGAUGGAGGCCGACGCCCGCUCCAUCUACGUGGGCAAUGUGGAUUACGGGGCGACGGCCGAGGAGCUGGAGGCUCAUUUCCACGGCUGCGGCUCCGUCAACCGCGUCACCAUCCUCUGCGACAAGUACAGCGGCCACCCCAAGGGCUUCGCCUACAUCGAGUUCUCGGACAAGGAGUCGGUGAGGACGUCGAUGGCCCUCGACGAGUCGCUCUUCAGGGGGAGGCAAAUCAAGGUGAUCCCGAAGCGCACGAACCGCCCCGGGAUCAGCAGCACCGACCGGGGGUUCCCGCGCGGCCGCUUCCGGGGCCGGGGGGGAGGGUUCGGCUCCGCCCGCUCCCGAUUCUACAGCGGCUUCCAACGGCCCCGAGGGAGGGGAUACAGGUCAGUUUGGGGCAAAAUCACACGGUUUUGGGACAUUUUGGGGCCUGGGGAGUUUUAG